UGCUUAGGACCCAGGGGAAGCAGCUUCUCCUGCUUCAUUUCAAGGAGAUCCUCCCCUCCCUGCACAGGACUUCUCAGGUGUCGCUGCUCUGAGCUCUCACCUCCUCCCUCACACCCGGCUUCCCUGGAGCUCCUGUGCAAGCCCAUGCCCAUCCUUUAAACCAUCCCCAGUCACCUGCCUCCCUGAUGAGCUUGCCAGGGGACUGCUGGGCACCAUGAACGACCAGUACCACCGAGCCGCCCGGGACGGCUACCUGGACCUUCUAAAGGAGGCCACCAAGAAGGACCUCAACUCGCCCGACGAGGAUGGCAUGACCCCAACUCUCUGGGCCGCUUACCACGGCAAUCUGGAUGCUCUGCGGCUGAUCGUAAGCAGAGGGGGUGAUCCAGACAAAUGCGACAUCUGGGGGAACACUCCUCUUCACUUAGCAGCAGCCAACGGCCAUCUGAAUUGCCUCUCAUUCUUGAUCUCUUUUGGGGCCAACAUCUGGUGCCUAGACAAUGACUACCAUACGCCACUAGACAUGGCUGCCAUGAAGGGGCACAUGGAGUGCGUGCGUUACCUGGACUCCAUUGCUGCCAAGCAGAGCAGCCUCAACCCCAAGUUGGUGAGCAAGCUGAAGGAUAAGGCCUUCCGAGAUGCGGAGAAGAGGAUCAAAGACUGCGUUAAGCUGCAGAAGAAGCACCAUGAGCGGAUGGAGAAGAGAUACAAGAAGGAGAUGUCUGACAACUCGGACACCAUGAGCUUCUCCAGCUAUUCGAGCAGUACCCUCAGCAGGAAGUUCCAGCACAUGUCCAUGAUGACAUCCCUGCCAUACUCCCAAGCCACCAUCCAUGGCACAACCAAGGGGAAGACCAAAAUUCAGAAGAAGCUGGAGAAGAAGAAGCAGGUGGAUGGGACGUUUAAGAUCUAUGAGGACGGGAGAAAGAGUGUGAGGUCCUUGUCAGGCCUGCAGCUGGGAAACGAUGUCAUGUUUGUGAAGCAAGGCACCUAUGCCAGUCCGAAGGAGUGGACCAGGCGCAAUAUCCGAGACAUGUUUCUGUCAGAUGAAGACACUGUCUCCCGUGCCAUAAGCGACCCAGGUUUGCACAUGGACUCGGCCCACUCUGAGGUCAGCACAGAUUCUGGCCACGACUCCUUGUUCAACCGGCCAGGGCUUGGCACUAUGGUGUUCAGGAGGAACUAUGUCAGUGGUGGGCUCUUUGGGAUUGGCCAGGAGGAGACUGGCAUGUUGGGUGAGGGCAAUGGGGAUAGGGUAGGUGUCAAACUGAGGAGCCGCCUGCAGCGCUCGCCAAGUCUCAAUGACAGUAUCGGCAGUGCCAACAGCCUGCAGGAGAGGAACGAGGAGGAACUGCCCUGGGACGAUGUGUCACUGGGCCUGGAUGACGACGAACCUGAUACCAGUCCCCUGGAGACCUUCCUGGCUUCCCUGCACAUGUCUGAGUUCAUCUCCAUCCUGAAGAAGGAGAAGAUCGACCUGGAUGCCCUCAUGCUGUGCUCAGAACAUGACCUAAAGAGUAUCAACAUCCCAAUGGGACCCAGGAAAAAGAUCAUAGAUGCUGUCCAUAGGAGGAGGCAGACACUGGAGAUGCCAGAUGUCAUUGAAGACACGGAUUUAUAGCAGUUUUUAUGAGCAAGAAACAAAACCAGUUCUAAGUUGCCAGAAAACACAACCCAGUGAUGCUUCCACUGGGACAACUGAAAGCCACAGCCUAGACCCACCCUUCCCAGCUGCUGCCUGCUUCCUCAGUCUGCUCCCUGCCCGUGGGACUCUCCCAGACAGGCUGAUCUUUGACACAGGACCUGCUGGACCCUCCUUUGUCAGGAGGAGCUGCCGUUGCUUGUUUGUUAGAGGAGUGACAAGAAUGUGCAACUCUGGUCAGUAAAACUGAGUGACACGGGAGGACAACACGUAAGGAGUGCCGUGGACAAACGAGCAAAGCCCAGUCAUACAUAGCCUGCUAUAGGGAGCCGGAGAGGUUGGGUGUUUGAAAGAGAGGAACGGGGAGCCAAAAUUUAGUUUCCAAUCCUGGCUCUGCUGUUCACAGUUUUGGAAACAUCAUUUGAAGCCACAGUUCCACAUGGGACUGCUGUGUUUGGUAUCUCAUGUUUAGGGUGCCUGGUAGGACACAUCUCAAGUUGGGUUUUCAUGGCUCUGGGGCUUUGUUUUCCUUCUAGAGCUGUAGAUGUUCAGCGCCUCCAGGAGCGGGCCCUGGAUAUCUCAAGGGGGGCACCCAAAAAUAAGGGCUCCCCUAGCCAGUGCCUCUCUGUGCCUCAGUUUCCAAAGGAGGUAGCACCCCUGUCCCCUCUUGCUGGAGUGUGGUGAAGCCUACGUCACUUAUGUCAUUGAGAUCCUCAUCUGGAAGCCUCCACUCCCAUGCAAAUGACAGGGACUGUUUUUGAUAGAGAUGGAUCUAAAGCAAAACCCAGCAGAUCUCAGAGUCCCCACCCAGCUAUGAGUUUCUUUGCGCUGGGCUGGACCCCACCCGCUCUCUCGACACCUCCUUUACUCCAGCGAGGACAGGUGGGUUGGUACCCCCACAACAUGCUUCUGAGGGGAAGGUGGUGACUUUUCACCCUUAGGUGUCCCCUUAGGGACUUGUAGAGGGCUGUUACGUGACUUGUAGGAUAUAAGGAUACGGUAGUAACCCAAAAGCCAUUGGCGAGCACCAUGGAGUUUUAGUUGCUGUCACAACUGGAUCAAUGGGAAGAUUUAUUCAGGCAUCACGUAAGUGAUUUGUGCUGUGGAGCAUCUUCUGUUGGCCUACAGAAAUGCAGCCUCAUUGCAUAUGUGCUGCUGCUUUGACUGACUUCUGGACACUUCUAAAGCACUGAAUUCAGGGAGCAUCACGCGAGGGUCCACGAACUAUUGAAAGGGAUACUACCAUAGUCCUAUGCACUACAUGACCCUUGCUCUGCUAUCUGUGGCUGUGCCUGAAAAUGCCAUCUCCAUGCAUAUGGGACUUCUAGGAAUGAAUCACAGCAGGACAGAAAUGAGUGGCCAAAAUUUCCCCCCACCCGUUUUCCAAAGGGGAAACCCUUCCCAAUUCUUUCAUCGUGCUCAUACUAUACUCCCUUUGGGUUUGUAUCUCUAUAUGCUUAAUUAUUGCCUCCCUAAUUACCCCAGGCUGUAUAGAAUUGUAAGGUAGGAAAGGAAAGGUGGGAAAGGACUUGAGUCCAACCCACUGCAUUGAUGUGGGAUUUACAUUUCCCUCCAACCAUCCCAGACAAGUACCUAUUUAGUCCUCCACCUCCAGUGAAAAAGAGUCCAUGACUUCCCUAGACAGCUCGUUUCAUUGCCCUAGCAUAAUUGUGUGGGGCCAUAUGCCCACAGUUCCCUCUGCAGUCGGUGGGUGAUGCUACGGGGUGAUCUGAUCAGUAACCAGCAAAAGGAGGCUCUUGUAUUCAGCAAAGAAUAUAAGCAUACAUUGAAGCCUGGUUGACUUCAGUUGGACUGAAAGGCAUGCAGAAGGCUGAAGGCAUGCUUUGCUGUGUAGGCAUGGCCCAAAUAUGUGCUUAAAGGCUUUGCUGGAUUGAGGCCGAAUGAGGGAGGAAUGCCAAGUGGGCUGCCUGCCCCUCAAAGCCUUGCUCUUAUAGGGCUUGAGCCAAAGUCGACUGCAAGCAGUGAAAACAGUUGCACUGACCCCCAGGGACUUUGGAGCAGGCUACCAGGAGAGCAGCGAAGGGCAGAGCAGUCUACCAGGGCUCUGGCCUCGGACGGCAAACAAGGGUAUGGGGAAAUAACUCCAGCCCAGGCCUGGAUCCUUACUGGAGGGGGUUGGGUGGUUGAUUCAGGUCAACCGUUGGCAAACCUGCAUGAAAUCAAUGAUUUAAAGUAGCAAUGGGCCUGGCUGGAACCACAGAGCCGGAGGCCCAGCAGGCUUUGAGCAGGGCUUUGAAAUCACUGCUCAGAAUUAGCUCUGAGCUUCUGAAGCCAGGCCUGUGAGAAAGAGGCCAUCUGUAGGGUCCAACCAGCCUGGGCAAGGCCUAUCUCCAUUAAGGGCUAGCCCCAGCCCAUUGGAUCCUAACACUGAAGUGAAUGGCCCAAAUCCCCCAUACAGGGAGCUUGUUCGUGUCCACUGUGCAAAGACUGGAGAGGUGCCCCUCCCUACCACUGCUUCCACUCCACCUGCUCUCUCAUGCCAGACCUUUCCCACACCAGGUAUGUUUCCCGUGAUUAAAUGUAUAUAUGUAAAACUUCUGAGCUAUGCGGGCAUUGUUGUAUGCGCCUCCUACCUGUAAAAGUACCAUGUUGUUUACUGCUUAUUUAUUAGAGAUCCUGGAACCCAGCUUCCCCCUGGACCUGCCUGA